AUGCCUACUACACGGAGGAGGAAGUCAAGUCUGGGUGCAGACAUCAGAGGCGAUACUAGCGCACCAGCCAUGUCAACAAUGGAUAUCAACAAGAGCGCUCCCCUCUCGGAUAUCACCGAGCAACCCCAGGGGGCCGCUUCUACGAAAUCCGGCAAAUCUCACCACAAGCGUCGAAAGUCACGUUCUUUACUCGGUCGGUUCAAGGAUGUAGCUCUCAAACACACAUGGCUUAUACCAUCGCUUAUCCUGGCCGUCCUACUCUCUGGGUACGCGAUAAAUCCCAGCGAAUCGAAUCCGUUGCACUCCGCGCUCUUUUUGUCUUACCCCCGCGAACCGAAAUAUCCUGGCGAACCUGUGAUGUACGGCAAAGGAAAGAAAGAUUUUGCAUUCGUUGCUUUUUACACUGUCGUCCUCUCAUUCACACGUGAAUUCUUGAUGCAACGAGUGAUUCGACCCUGGGCACUUUACUGUAACAUUCGUGGAAAGGGAAAGAUUGCACGCUUUAUGGAACAGGUUUACACUGCCAUGUAUUUUGCGGUCUUCGGCCCUUUUGGUCUCUGGGUCAUGAGCCGAACUAACAUCUGGUAUUUCAAUACUACUGCAAUGUUUGAGGGUUUUCCUCAUCGGGAGCAUACGGCGGAAUUCAAGGCAUACUAUCUUCUGCAGGCAGCUUACUGGUUCCAACAAGCCAUUGUGCUGUUGCUCCAAUUGGAGAAGCCCCGUAAAGACUUCAAGGAGCUUGUUGGCCACCAUAUCAUCACUCUUGCGUUGAUCUUCCUCAGCUACCGUUUCCAUUUCACCUACAUGGGUAUAGCUGUGUACAUCACACACGACAUUUCUGACUUUUUCCUAGCGACAUCCAAGACCUUGAAUUACCUCGACUCGCCUAUUAUUGGUCCUUAUUUUGGCCUGUUCGUUACGGUUUGGAUUUACUUGCGGCAUUAUAUUAACUUGAAAAUCCUCUGGGCUGUUUUGACCGAAUUCCGAACCGUGGGUCCCUUUGAGCUGAACUGGGAGACUCAACAAUACAAAUGCUGGAUCAGCCAAUACAUCACCUUUGCUCUUCUUGCCAGUCUUCAAGCUGUCAAUCUCUUCUGGCUUUACUUGAUCCUGCGCAUCUUGAAGAAGUACCUGAUGGACGACGUUGCCCAAGAUGAAAGAAGCGAAGACGAAGAGGAGGAGGGGGAGGAGGAGGAGGAGGAGGAGGAGGAGGAAGUGAGCGUCUCCAAGGCUGCUGCCGGUGAAAUCAACGAAGCGGAGGGUGUCUCUUCUCAGGUUGCCGUCAACGGCACAUCGACUGACGGUCGCAAACGCAAGUAA